GGAGUUAAGGGUAAGAUGUUUGAAAUUGUAAAUUUUUACAUUUUUAUACAAUUUUGCUCAUACAUUUUAUGUGUAUUAAAAUAGUUUCUAACGCAUAUUACCUAAUAUUAAUCAUUUUAAUUAUUAAUUAACGUAUUUCUUCAGAAAAUUAUAUUUUAGUAGGACACCAUUUUCGUCGGCUCUUAUAGUUGAUGACAGCGCCAACGUGCUAAAUUGUAGAAUUUUUUGUUGAAAUGCCCCCUAUAUCCAGCGUGGUUAACCUAGCGUUUUGUUGAGAUUUUAAAUCUUCAUUUCAUUUAAAAUUACGAGCGAAAUUAAUAUUAUAAUAUAUAACAUAAGUCUGAUUAUAUGCGUUAAAAUGGCGUCUAUUCAAAUACAGAUACUGCUUCUAUUUACGUCUAUGUUUCAUACGAGUUGUUUUCACAUUUCAAACCGUUUAUUAUUUAUACUAAAAUUGGGUUUUUCAAUCAGUUUACUUCGAAUGUGGAAACGCUGAAUGAAAAUGGGUACAUUUACAGAAACUCCGACCAUUAAAUUGGAGGAAACGGCUGAAACUGUUACCGAAAUCCAAUCAUACUUAGCAGGUUUUCAAAAAGAAAUUGGAGAUACCACAAUACAUCCAAACACAGGUAAUGGAGAAAAUGAAGCAGAGAAUGAGCAAGAAGAAGGAACAUAUUUUGUGGACCAAGCAGGGCAUUAUUAUUUUCAAGCUAAAGGUCAAAGUCAACCUGUGAUGACUGUUAUGCCAACAAUUACGGGUUCUGGUGAUUCAAGUGAAUUUGUUAUUAGUCAGGACAAUGAUGAAGGAGAAGAAGAUAAUGAGCCAAUCAUUCAACAAGCUGACAACAAUCAAAUUCUCAUUAAUUCUGGAAAUGCAUACCAAAGGGUUACGGUGGUACCAGCUGAUAAUAACACUGGAGAAUUGAGUUAUGUACUUAUUGUUCAAGAUCCUUCUGAUAUUAAAGAUGGAGAUCAAAGUGACGGAGAACAAGAUAUGGCAGUAUACGAUUUUGAUGAUGCUGAAGAUGGUGGUAUAAUAGAUUCUGAAGCUGAAGAUGACAAAAGUAAAAUAGUGAAACUCAUACCCAGAAAAUCGCAAGUUGUUGCUCAGGCACACAUGUGCAACUAUUGUAACUAUACGAGCCCAAAACGUUACCUCCUUUCUAGACAUAUGAAAUCCCACUCUGAAGAACGUCCUCAUAAAUGUAGCGUAUGCGAAAGGGGUUUCAAGACUUUGGCUUCGUUACAGAAUCACGUCAAUACACAUACUGGUACUAAACCACAUGCUUGUAAAUUUUGUGACGCCGCUUUUACAACCUCAGGUGAAUUAGUUCGUCAUGUUAGAUAUCGUCACACACAUGAGAAACCCCACAAAUGUACGGAAUGUGAUUAUGCUAGUGUAGAAUUGUCAAAAUUGAAGCGCCAUAUUCGUUGUCAUACUGGAGAAAGACCUUACCAAUGUCCGCAUUGUACCUACGCGAGUCCAGAUACUUUCAAACUUAAAAGGCAUCUUAGAAUUCAUACUGGAGAAAAACCUUACGAGUGUGACAUCUGUCAUACUCGAUUUACACAGUCAAACAGUCUUAAAGCGCAUAAAUUAACUCAUAACAUUGGGGACAAACCAGUUUUUCAAUGUGAUUUGUGCCCUACAACAUGUGGCCGUAAAACAGAUUUACGUAUUCACGUACAAAAGUUACAUACUUCGGAUAAACCUCUUAAGUGUAAGAGAUGUGGAAAGUCUUUUCCAGAUAGAUACAGUUAUAAGCUUCACAAUAAAUCGCAUGAAGGGGAGAAAUGUUACAAAUGUGAUCUAUGUCCAUAUGCUUCAAUAUCGGCACGUCAUCUCGAGUCGCAUAUGCUUAUACAUACCGAUCAAAAACCUUUUCAAUGCAAUCAGUGCGAUCAAUCAUUUCGUCAAAAACAACUUCUCAAGCGACAUCAAAAUCUUUAUCAUAAUCCUCACUAUGUACCUCCACCUCCUCGAGAAAAAACCCACGAAUGUCCUGAAUGUACUCGAGCUUUUAGACAUAAGGGGAACCUCAUUAGACAUAUGGCAUUCCAUGAUCCAGAUCCAAAUAUACAAAAGAAGCAGUUGGAAUUGAAACUAGGAAGACAGAAGAAAAUACAAAUGAUAGAUGGACAACAGGUUGAAGUGGUACAAGGAAUUGGUUCCGAAGAAGAGGAAGAGAUUGAUAUGAUGGCUGUGGAAGGUUCAGAUGGGCAACAAUAUGUUGUUUUAGAAGUUAUCCAAUUAGCCGAUGGAGAAGAACAAACAAUGGUUGUAGGAGAUGGUUCUGGAGAAUUAUUAAGUGAAACGAUUUUACCUGAUCACGAUCUGAAUGAUGAAGAAGUAAUAAAAGCUCUACAAUCUGCACGACGAGUGACUAAACAAGAAUUAGAAGAUGAAGAGAUGGAAGAGAAAAAAGUUGCUACUGACAUGGAAAACUGUUUUGGAUUUGAUGAAGAAGAUGAUGAUGAUGAUGAUGAAGGAGUAAGGACUGGAAAAGAUCAAAUAACUUUACUUGAUAGCAUCCAUUAGAAAUAAGUAUUCUAAUUAAUUUUUCUUUUUAAUAUUUAUAAUUAUCACUUUAUUUUUUAUUCAUCAUGAAUAUUGUAGAAUUGAUAAUGCACUUGUAAAUUUUUGUAAAUAAAACAUACACUUUUACAUUGAUCUGUUUAUCGAAUUGUAAAUACGGAUAUUACUUUGUUGGUAAGUUAAAGUAUUGAAUAAACAAUUUUAUUGGUUUA